CCUAUAAAUAAUCCAAGAACUCUGUUUUUUCUUCAGCUUUCCUCCUCAGACCUUAAAAGAGAAAUAUCAAGCAGGGGAAGGGAGGGAGAGAGAGAGAGAAAAGAUGGCUAGUGAAUUCAAAAAGAAAAUGUUUUGGAGGGCAGUAGUGGCUGAGUUCUUAGCCAUGAGCCUCUUUAUUUUUAUCAGCAUCGGCUCAGCACUGGGCUACAAUUUUCCUGUAGUCGGCAACAGAACAGCCACAGCCACUCAAGACAAUGUGAAGGUCUCGCUGGCUUUUGGAAUCGCAAUUGCAACCAUGGCACAAAGUGUGGGCCACAUCAGUGGUGCCCACCUGAACCCAGCGGUGACCCUGGGUCUUCUGCUGAGCUGUCAGAUCAGCCUCUUGAAGGCUUUCAUGUACAUCGUUGCCCAGUGCCUAGGAGCAGUGGUAGCCACGGCGAUUCUUUCUGGAGUCACUUCAUCUCUUCCAAACAACUCCCUUGGGCUCAAUGCGCUUGCAGAUGGAAUCAAUUCAGGCCAAGGGCUGGGCAUUGAAAUAAUUGCCACCUUCCAACUGGUGCUGUGUGUCCUUGCCACCACAGACAGGAGAAGAAAUGAUGUCUCAGGAUCAGCACCUCUGGCCAUUGGGCUCUCUGUUGCCUUAGGACAUCUUCUUGCUAUUGAUUACACCGGUUGUGGAAUUAACCCAGCCAGGUCUUUGGGUUCAGCUUUGGUUGGCAGAAACUUUACUAAUCACUGGAUCUUCUGGGUGGGCCCAAUGCUGGGAGGUGCAAGUGCCGCCCUAAUCUACGACUUCAUCCUGGCUCCCAGAAGCAGCGACCUGACUGACCGUAUAAAGGUGUGGACCAGUGGCCAAGUGGAAGAAUACGAUCUGGAUGGGGAUGACAUUAACACAAGGGUGGAGAUGAAGCCAAAAUAAAGAAGAAUUCAGGGAAAGAAACACAUCAAUUUCUGAAGAUGUUAUCACUAUUAUAGACUCUUUGUAAACACACAAGCAGUAUUUCCAGAAGGUUUUUAAUUCAGGUUUUCCAUUUCCUCGCCCCCUUUCACCCUAGCCUUUACUAUCUGGCUCAUAAGUACAAUGGGCUUGAGGCCAAAAUCACUAGAUACUUGCGUGUGAGCUAGCGAGUGAAGUUAAAAUUCUGAAACCCCAGGUUUAUGGCACUGUAUGGGAAGGAAUCGUUCCCCCGAUGUCUCCAUAUAUGAUCAUGACAUUCAAAUCACCAGUGUAAGUGCUGUGACAGUGGAAUGCUAGGACACAUGAUCUGUCUGUACCCAUAAUGGAGAUUUUACUAGACAGAAAGUUUUAACAUAAAAUAUGAGGCAUAAUAAGCACAUGAAAAAAUUCUCUCCAGUUGUUGGCACAAAAGAAUCCUUUAGAAAUAAAUGCACCUAAAUUGUGAUAUGGAACAUGUCUGAGCUUGCUAGACUGCGUUCGAGCCCCAAAACACUGCACCACCAAUGCUCUCAGCAAAUAUCAAAUCUGCAAGCGCCAGAAACAUUUGCAUCUUCCAAUCUUUUGUUCUCCCUGCACAACCUCGAUGCAACCAGCAGAUAUAAAAUGAAAUCUGAAUUUUCGGACUCCAGGGAACUAAUAACUAGAAGUCAAAUGGAACGCAGCUAUAACAAUGGCAACGAGAACAACACCUCGUUAGCGUGUAAACAGGAUUUGCCUAGUCCUGUGACUCGUCUGCUUUUGUUAAUCUUGCAUAUACAACUGUGCAUCUUAAAACAAAAUGGCAAAAAAUAAAACCCACCCCACUUCAUUUGAGUAGCUAAUACUGGGAAAUUCAGGGACAAUGUAACACAGAAUAUAUCUAUAUAUACUCAAUAUAUGAGUAUAUUCUAAAUGGGCACAAACAAAUAAAUUUUUGAACCUAAACAUAUUUUUGGGGUCAUUUCCUGGAUUUAUAUAUAUAUGUUUUAUAUUAAGAGACUAAUAAACUGUUUUGUAAGAAAAUAGGAGAAGAAAACUAAGGAAAAGGAUUGCGGUAAAUGUUAGGCAAAAUAAAUGGCACUGGAAAUGGAGAGAAAACUAACACAAAAAUAUGUAAGACUAUUUUCUGUUUUUAUUUUUGUGCUACUUUGUAUUGCCUAAGUAAUACACAAUUGUAGAUGGUUGUGUAUACUCACCGCAGAAUAUAUUUGAAGCAGAUACGUACUAAUAUACCUGUUCUAUACUUAGACUAUCACCUUUAAAUAAAAAAUGAGGCCUGGGGUGUAUCUAUAUGAAAAACUGCACACUUUCAAUUCACCCAACCAAUCAAUUGAUAUCGCUAUUGAUCCGUUCUCAUGUUAAUGAAGCAGUAUUGAUCAUAGAGUCAAAACAAGAUUGCAAUGGAUAUGAAAGUUGCAGGCAGCUCAGUACAUGUACAGCACAUAAAAUUAAAAAAAAUAAGCAAACGUGGAAUACAUUUUUCUUUCUUGCAUUCACAUUUGGUAUAUUAUCCCAUGUAUUAUCUAUGUAAAUAUGGCAUGGCUGGAUUUUGGAUCAGUUUAGAAAUAAACAAAAGCCAUUGUACUAACA